UGUAAACAAACAGAUUUUGUGGCUUUGGUUUCGAUUUCGCAGGUUCGGCGGGACAAAUCGACGAAAAGCACGUAAAAUGUACGCUGGUUGCCGACUUUGCACCAAGGUACACGAUCCGUUUGUACUGGUUCGUGAGAGCAGAAUAUAUUCUGCCCUGACGAACAAAGAAGUGUGUCUCGAUGAACUGAUUGAGCAGUACCUGUCCAUAAACAAACAAUCGCUUAUGGACGAUGCAUCUAUUUGCGGCAUCUGCUGGAACGCGAUUGAACAGUGGCACAACUUUCGCGAGAGCUGCUUACAGAACGAGGAACGGUUGAAAAAUCUGCAAACAGACCUCGAAAAGGUUGUCCUUGUUGGCAAACAGUACAACUUUGCUAUUGAGUUUGUCGAGGAGGAGAGCUCCUUGUGCGAAGAGAAGCCGUCAGAGGAAGCGUGUUACGAGGACGUACAUGAAGUCGAAGAAACUGUCCAAUAUGAGGAAGUAAAUGAACUAAAAGUGGAGGUAAUGGAGGAAAACUCUGAAUCAUCCACUGUGGUCCCUGUGGAGGAUAGAAUAAGCCCAGAGAAACAGAUCGAGUAUGGUGUUAAAGUUGAACAAGAAUCUGAACAUGAUACAAAUAGCGGCGACGAACCGAAAGAGGUUGACCAGGAAGAAACGCCUAUACAUUCUCGAAUGAGGAAGGGACGCAGGAAAGGGCAGACGAAGCAAGCCGGUCGUCCAGCGAAGGAUGCCACUAAGUCGAAACGGAUACGGUAUAAGCAGGAAUCCGGGGACGGCAAGAGCAGUUGCAGACUGUGCCCCAUUUGUGGAGUGGCACGCACCGAUAUGUCCGCUCAUCUCCGCUGGCACAACAACGAACGGCCGUAUCAUUGUCCGUAUUGUCCGAAAAUUUUCGUUAACAGUUCCAACCUCCGAAAUCACGUGAACCUGCACACGCGGCAGAAAAUGUACAAAUGCGACCUAUGUGAUAAGGAGUUUGCCAGCACCACCGGCCGCAAUAAGCAUCGGCUUACACACGCCACUGAGCGAGAGUUUCUGUGUCCCGUUUGUGGACUUUCCUUUAAACAUCAGGCUUCGCUCGUACGCCACAAGCUCAUCCACUACGAGGAACCAAAGAUCAAGUGCACGGAGUGUGAUAAAGUAUUUCUGACCAAGACACGAAUGAAGAAGCAUUUUUUGGUCCACCUCAACGAGAAACCGUUCAACUGCGAGGUGUGCAACAAGGCGUUCAAUCGGAAGGACAAUCUAAAUGUUCACAUCAAAACCCAUACGAAACCACGAUUUAAUUUCACCGAAGUCUAAUGUAAUCGAUGGCGAAUACAUGUACAGAAUAAACUGUAGUAUUAAAUUCCCCCUUUUCCC